AUGUUUGGCUGCGUUGUUUGUCAUCUGGGGUACUCAGACCAAUUCCAGCAGACCACAGAAGGGAACUAUGUUCUUUCGUUUCCUAAUUCCUUCGGCCUCGGAAACAUCAGCGUUUUUACAUUUACCCCUGCCAGCUUGACCAGUUGCGCCGUCGAGGUUGCUGUUUCUGCUGAUGGAUUUUACGAGAAGAUUGGUUACCUGACAGAGUAUUCUCCUAGCAUUACGUUUGUCACUGGGUUAGAGCGGCUUAAUAAGGCAGAGCUGCCAUUCUCUCUUUGCUUGACCUUGGUUCCUUUAGAGUCUGUGGACCAGAACCUACCGUAUCAGCCAACUGACUAUGAGCUCACUCUUUUGAACCGAGCCACUAUCAAGAUGGUUGACCACUUUAAGCGUUAUCUAGCACCUUCUAUUGUUACUCAUGGAGGCCAAGAGUACAUUUCCUUAAAGAGAGUCAUGACGUGGAAAGAUACAUUUCUCAAAGAAUCUAAAGCCCUAGGAGCAUUUUGGGACUAG